CGCUUCAAUUCUAAACUAGACUUGGUACAGUAGACAUCAUUUAAGAAACAUUUUAAAUAAUUAAAACUGAAAAAAUGAAACAUUUUUUUGCUUUCGCAGUUCUAGCUACCGUUUUAGCUUUAGUAGCUUCUGAUCAUGCAUCAUGGGGUGGAAGACAAGCAUACGAUCGCCUUUUAGAUUCAAGACAUUAUACAAAAGGUAGUAAACUUUUACAAGUUGUAACAAUGGAUGUUCAUUAUAACGGAGCUUACAAUAUUACAAUGAUUAAUGUUGUUGAUAGAGCAAAAUGUGGUAUUCCAUCAUUACGUUCGGGUGGACCAGGUUCAAGACAAGCUACAAUUCAUUUGAAAUCAUUACGUGGUAAAAGUCUCGAUUUCCAAGUUGAAAUUUAUGGAAGAUAAAGAUUUCUAUAAAUUUACAUUUUGAAAAUAUUUCUGUAUCAGGGAGCAAUUAAAAAAUAAAA